UCCAGUGGAUUUAAUGCUUUCUAACAGCUGGCAUAGAAGUUCUGAGUUUCCAUUGGUUCUCUCAUUCCAGCAACCAGCAGCUCCUGAGGCUACAUCUAAAUGGACAAAUGGUAAAGGUAAUCAGAUGUGACUCUGAUAUAGUGUUGCACAAGUGGCCUGGAUUGGAGGUGGCAGCCUAUUCAAGCUGUCCCCUGGAUCACCCCUGAGCUCAAGAGGGGAUCUCCAGCUGUGAAAUCUUCAAGGAGGAGGUUUUAUUCUCCAUGGAUGCUGUCCUUAGUCAGGCCUGGUACUGUCUUCUGUGGCUCUGCCGCCCCUACACCCCAUCUUAUGCCAACCUUUGGGAUCUCCAAAAGAUAUUACGGGCACAUAGGCUAUGCCUUCAUAUCGUGCCUUCUGAGGUUCAGCUUCUCCAGCCAAAUUCCAAUCUCCUGUCCCCAAUGGCCAGGACUACGAUGUGGAUUUCAUUAAAAAGAACAAUCAGUCACUGCUUCAAAGAGGCUGCUCUGCUUUCUCAUCUCAACACCCAGUACUAAUUAUAACAUGGAAUACAAUGAAAAGGACCAGGAGACACACCAACUGCAGGUACUUCCUCAGCCUGACAAAGGAGUUUUCAACCCUAAAGCUGGCAUCCCGGGCAGCUAAGCUGAGCUCAUCGGGAGCCUCACAACUGCACUGCAGCCAGAAAGUGUCAGGUCUGUCAAAGACGUGACAGGUCUGGGCGUUCCCCAGCCAGGACUUUGUGCAUGUGUGCAUUAGCUGGAGGUUAUGGCACCUCUUUCCUGACUUUCACCAGGAGAUCAUUGGUCCUGGUAUAAGGUUUGACCUAGAAACUACUAUGCAAAGCCUAAGCAAAAGUGAAUGUUAUGUGUCGAAUGCCCAUCUGCAAUGAUAAGGAGCAGACAGUCUUAGAUAGAGGAAGCUUGAAAACAAAAAACAGAAUCAGAGGUACUGGAACAAAGAGCUCAUUAUAAUACUAAAAAUCACACCCCAAGGCGGGGAAGAUAUAUGCUAAUGAAACAUAUAUGUAUGUUAAUGAGAUACAUAGCUAAAACACAGGUAUAGAGACAUGCUCAGCAAAGAACUCCUUGCGUCACGCCUUUAUAACCAAUUAGCAAAUAAGGAUGCUUGUGAAGAUUCAACCUCUUGUAUAUAAGGGGCUCAGUAUUGAAUAUGUGUGUGCUUGUCUUGUGAAAUUAUUCCGCUUGCACCUUUUAUUGCUAGCAAUAAAUCUUUUUUAUAGUUUCACCCCUGGUAUCUUUAUUGGCCUUUGCAUACCGGGCACGAACCCAGACUUGAGCUGGGGCCUAACAGUUUUUGGCGACCCAGAUGGGACUGCCGUAGAUAGCUUUGCCCGGACUAACUGACGACCAGCUAAUCUGCUUUUUCUUAUCAAAAGUCUAGCGCGCCCCGGGAUUUCUUUUCCCGGUGAGACUUUUGUUUCAGGAGGAGCUGGAUCGCUGAGGCAGCAGUAGCCUAACGGUGCAACGCCAUAGAGUGAAAGUAUCAGUAACAGGCACCUGGGUGAGAGGGUAGAAAGGGCAUAAGGCCUACCAUCAGUACGUCUGCCUGGGAUUAUCUCUGUAAGUAUUCUGUCUGGCCCGAGUCCAAGACCAGUGAUUUUUUCCCCUGUGAGGACAAGGACUAAGAACAGAUCCCUGGAUCCCAGGUAAGUCGGACAGUCAGAACCGGGAAGGCAGCUCUGAAAUGGGUACUAUUAACAGUAAGGUUAGGAAAUGUACCCCCCUCUCUUGUGUAUUGGGACAUUGGGCAGAGUUUGGUGAGGAUCCUAUGACUAAGAAGAAAGCUAAAUUCUUCUGUGAAACUGUGUGGCCACGCUAUCAGCUAGAUGAUAAAGAAUAUUGGCCUCGGGAGGGAAGUGUUAAUUAUAAUACCAUCUUACAAUUGAUUUUGUGCUGCCGGCAGAAUGGUAAAUGGGAGGAAUUGUUGUAUGCACAAGCGUUUAUGUCUCUUUGUAGAGAUAAAAAAAGUUUUGGAGGAAUGUGGAUUGGGGGAGGGGGUCGGGAUCUGUGAGAUGGCUGUGGCUCGACCAACUGCAAAUCCUGUCCUGGACUGUCUGGAGCCGGAGGCUCCCCACCCUGUGCUGCCUUUACCUCAUCCUCUUCCUCCUCCUCCCCCUCCUGAUUCAUCGGAUUCCUCGUUGGCAUCUGCUCUUCCUGCUUUUUCCCCCCCUGAGGCAGAAGUUGUAAAUACUCCCUGACAUAGGGAUCUGGAACAGCGCCAACCAUGGCCGUUAGGUGCUUGGCAAUCUCCAAACUCCCCGACUUCUCCUGAUAUAAGCCCGGGAGGAGGAUGGAGAGUACAGUUAGAAGCAGACUCCGGGGUUAAGGGAAAACAUCACAGGGAAUCUGAUUCUGGCUGUGGGAAGGGAAAUGGGGUAUUUCCCCUAAGAGAACAAGUGGUACCCGGGCCUCUCGAAGACGACGGUGAGCCAACCUACCGUCAAACCUUUGUGCACGUUCCUUUUAAUACCUCAGAUUUGUAUAAUUGGAAGAACAAUAACCCCAGCUUGAGAGAGAAUCCUGAAAAGGUACAGAACCAGUUUAAAACGAUUUUCAAAACCCAUAACCCAACUUGGGCAGAUGUUCAGUCUCUUCUAGAUAUCCUGUUGACACCAGAGGAAAGGAGAAUGGUAGUGAACAAAGCUCAUGAGUACGUGGAAAAGGAAAUUACUGCAGGGAACCUGCAAGGAAAUAGAGACGAUCAUGUCCCCAUCCAGGAGCCAGAUUGGAAACCAGACCAAGAUAUGACCUCCAUCUGUGCCUAUCGAGAAUAUAUCCUCCGAGGAUUGAGAGAUGCUGUGAAAAAACCUCAAAAUCUCAGUAAGGUGUAUGAGAUUCGACAGGAGACUAAUGAGACCCCGAGUGCUUUUUUGGAAAGAAUUUACACUACUUUCAGGCAAUACACUCGUGAGGAUCCGGAGGAUGCAUCGAACGCUCGCAUGGUAAAUAUGAUCUUUAUAGGUCAGAGUGCACCAGACAUUAGAAAGAAAUUGCAGAAGGCAGACGGAGCAACAGGUAUGCCUAUUUCCCAACUAGUAGACAUUGCUUACCAAGUAUUUACUAACUGAGAAAGUGUUCAGGAAAAGAAACAGGACAAGAAAGAGGAGAGAAAGAUGAAAAUGCAGACAGCCGUAGUGGCAGCUGCAAUCACGAGAAAACCUAGAGAUGAGGGAUCCUGGAGACAGCCACAGAGACGGGGUCCAUUAGAGAAAGAUCAAUGUGCCUUUUGCAAACGAAAAGGACAUUGGAAGCGGGAAUGCCCUUAUCGAAAAGUUGGGGAAGGUGAAAAGAAAAAAGAGGAGAGCAGUGGAUUGUUCGCUUUUGGAAGGGAUUCAGAUUGAAGGGGACUGGAGGCCCGGGAGGGAAAGAUAACCCAGAUCCCAGUGUCCCCUGACGAGCCUCUGGUUAAAAUGCAACUAGGGGACAGAGAUGAAUUGGUAGAUUUUCUCGUCGAUACAGGUGCUGCCCAUUCUGUUUUAACUCAAAAACUGAAACCUUUAAGUAAAAAGACUGUGCCAGUGGUAGGGGUUACAGGGAAGGCAGUAACACGAUCCUUCCUACAGCCAAUGACCUGUAAUCUUGGGCAGGCCGAAGUUACCCAUCAAUUCUUGUACAUGCCAAACUGCCCCGUUCCCCUUUUAGGGAGAGACCUCCUCUGUAAACUGCAAGCUACGUUGUCGUUCCAGGAUGGGCAAAUGUUUUUAACAGUGCCUCCUGAAAAGGGGUGGCAUUUACAGGCUUGCCUUCUCGGCCUUCUCCAAGAGGAGAGUACACCGGAUAUUCCUCAACCCCUGCUCGAUGCUGUUGUUCCAUGGGUAUGGGCAGGUCACCGACCCAGGAAGGCUAAAAAUGCUGACCCUGUGAAGAUUCAACUUUUGCCAGGGGCCCAGCCUCCAUGUGUGAAACAAUAUCCAAUGCGGAUGGAAGCCAGGAAAGGACUGAAGCCGUUAGUUGAACGGUUCCUGGAGUAUGGCCUUCUCUGUGAAUGUACAUCAGCUUUUAACACACCCAUCUUGCCUGUGAAGAAGCCUAAGAGUAAUGAAUAUCGUUUCGUCCAAGACUUGAGAGCUGUAAAUAAAGUGGUUGUGAGUAUAUACCCGGCCGUGCCUAAUCCGUACACCUUGCUAUCUGCUUUGAACCCAGAUCAUAACUGGUUUACGGUUAUUGAUUUAAAAGAUGCUUUCUUCUGUAUACCGGUAGAGAGGGGAUCUCAGGAAAUAUUUGAAUUUGAAUGGGAAGACCCAGAUACUAGCAUUAAGACUCAGUUGUGCUGGACUGUUUUACCCCAAGGAUUUAAAAACAGCCCAACCCUAUUCGGCAAUGCAUUAAGCAAAGAUUUACGCAGGCUAGAAUUGCCACUGUCCUGUGCUCUUUUGCAAUAUGUGGAUGACUUGCUUUUAACAGCCACCACUGAAGCAAGCUGCCUGGAAGGAACAAUUUGCCUCCUUAAUUUUCUGGGUCAACAAGGAUAUCGCGUUUCCAGAAAAAAAAUGCAGCCCAUAUCCCAGAAAGUCACAUACUUAGGAUUUGAAUUACAGCCUGGUCAGAGAGCCCUGUUGCCUGAAAGAAAAGAAGCUAUAUGCCAGCUGGCACCCCCAAUAACAAAGAAACAACUACAAGGAUUUUUAGGUACAGUAGGUUUUUGCAGGAUUUGGAGUCCAAAUUUUGGGGUUAUUGCAAAACCUCUAUAUGAGGCAACACACGGAGAUGAAAAGGUACUCGAAUGGACUGAAGAGUGUGAGCAAGCAUUCUUCCCUUUUUGUGCAUGACCGAGGUGGGGUAGCCGUGGGAGUCUUAACACAGAAAUUGGGUAGCUGGCAACGACCAGUGGCAUAUUUUUCAAAAAAAUUAGACUUUGUGUCAUGUGGAUGGCCUGCUUGUCUCCGGGCUGUUGCUGCUUCCUGUCUGCUAAUACAAGAAGCUGAAAAAUUAACCCUAGGCCAUGAAAUGAUUGUAUAUGUUCCUCAUGCAGUACUUACGGUCUUGGAACAGAAAGGAGGGAACUGGUUAACUCCGGGACGAAUGGCUUGAUAUCAGGCCAUCCUCCUAGAUAAGCCUGAAAUAAAAUUGACCAUUUCUCGCAAUGUAAAUCCAACAACACUGUUGCCAUCUAUGGGUGACACACCAGAUCUUGUGCAUGACUGUUUGCAAACAUUGGAGACUGUUUAUUCUUCAAGACCAAAUUUGAGAGACAGACCUCUUGAAAAAGCUGACCUGGAGUUCUACACUGAUGGCAGCUCGAGUACAGAGAAUGGAAUUCGAAAAUCCGGAUACGCUAUCGUGACUACACAGAAUGUGAUAGAAGCAGGACCUUUAAACCCAUCUGUUUCAGCUCAAAAGGCUGAACUCAUUGCUAUGACUCGGGCUUUGCAAUUGGCGGCCAACAAAACUGUCAAUAUUUAUACUGACUCUAAAUAUGUUUUCCUUGUUUUACAUGCUCACGGAGCGCUAUGGAGAGAGCGAGGUCUACUUGAUUCAAAAGGAACAGGCAUUAAGCAUAGCAAGCAGAUAAAAGCCCUCCUUAAGGCAGUCUGGGAACCAAAAGAGGUAGCGAUAAUGCAUUGCAAAGCUCAUCAAAAGAAAAAUGAUGAUUCAUCCACAAAAGGUAAUCGAUUUGCUGACGCUACAGCAAAGAAAGCAGCUAAAAAACCUCAGACAGACUUGCUGCCCGAAGUAAGUAAUCUGUUACCUCUCCUCCCAGACUUAUACCAGCCUGUGACACCACAGUAUGGGGAAAGAGACAAACAAUUGAUAAGAGAGUUUCAAGCAAAGAAGGGGGAGCACGGGUGGCUAGUAACAAAGGAUGGCUGCAUUAUCAUCCCAGCUGUCUGGGUUCAUAUGGUAGUGAAGAGAGCUCAUCAUGGCACCCACUAUGGACCCAGGGCCCUGAUAAGGUGGAUCAGUCACUAUGUAACUGGAGUGGGAUUAAGAGAGGCUGCCAAGAAGGUAUCAGAGACAUGUGAGGUCUGCCAGAGAAAUAACCCAAAAGGAGGGAGAAAAGAAACUUCAGGACAUCAGAGAAUAGGCUAUGGGCCAGGAGAAGAAUGGCAGGUGGAUUUUACUGAGUUACCCCGGCAACAGGGGAUGAGAUAUCUCCUUGUCUUUGUGGACACUUCCUCUAAUUGGGUUGAGUGCUUCCCAUGUCGGACUGCCCAAGCCCGAGAGGUGGUCAAGGCACUCCUACGAGAAAUCAUACCUCGCUUCGGACUUCCAAAAGGAAUAGGGUCAGACAAUGGCCCACAUUUCAUUGCACAAAUUACUCAAAAGGUUUCUGAGUUCCUGGGAAUCAGCUGGCAUUUACACACCCCUUGGAGACCCCAGUCCAGUGGAAAAGUGGAACGUAUGAAUCAGACCUUAAAAAGACACCUUGCAAAGAUUUGCCAAGAAGCUCGACUCAAAUGGCCAGAGGCCCUACCCUUGGCCCUGUUGCGAGUAAGGGUCGCACCACAUUCUAAAUUGGGAUUAAGCCCAUUUGAGAUAAUGUAUGGUAAGCCUUACCCUCUGAGUCUGCCCAUGGGUACUGAACAACAGUUACAUGUUUUAGGAGAGGGAAUGAUUAGAGAAUAUGUAUGGUCUUUGGUUUCUGUUUUGUCUUCCAUCCAUCAGCAGGUACGGGACGUGCUGCAGACACAGAACCAGUCUCCUACCCCGGAAUAUCGAUUAUUACCUGGAAGUUACGCUCUUGUGAAAGAUUGGAACGAGGAACCACUUCGAGCCAGAUGGAAGGGCCCGUAUAGAGUACUUUUAACGACCCCAACGGCAGCAAAGCUCGAAGGAAUCAAGACUUGGAUACAUUCCAGUCACCUAAAGCUGGUGGCUGAACCAGAACAAGAAGAAACUCCUGCAAACUCCGGGACCGGAGGCAGAGAACAGUGGAAGGUGGACCCAUAAGGGAUGCUGUCUUAGAGAAUAGAGCCGCUAUUGAUUAUCUCUUGUUACGACACAAUCUGGGAUGUGAAACCUUAAAAGGAAUGUGCUGCUUCAACCUCACUGAUAAUUCUGUGCUAAUUGAAGACAAAAUUGGUGCCUUACAACGAUUGACACAGACAUUGAAAGAAACAUCUGGCUUAGACUUUUCCUGGUUAACUUCCUGGCUUCCCAAUUUUGGAUGGUUGAAACAGUUGUUUUGUAUGGUUAUUCUGUUUUGUUUUAUAGGGAUUCUGGUUUGUUUCUGUAUCCACUGUAUACCGGUUUGUAUCGCAUCUAUCUUCAGGCCUAAGGUAAAUCAAAUGAUUUUGCAAACAAAGAAAGCUGAGAAUACUAGAUUUGUGUUAAGUCAAAUUGAAUGGAGCAAUCAUAAUUAAUAAUAAUUAUGAAUGCUCCAGAUGAGGGAAAUGUAAGGUUUGACCUAGAAACUACUAUGCAAAGCCUAAGCAAAAGUGAAUGUUAUGUGUCGAAUGCCCAUCUGCAAUGAUAAGGAGCAGACAGUCUUAGAUAGAGGAAGCUUGAAAACAAAAAACAGAAUCAGAGGUACUGGAACAAAGAGCUCAUUAUAAUACUAAAAAUCACACCCCGAGGCGGGGAAGAUAUAUGCUAAUGAAACAUAUAUGUAUGUUAAUGAGAUACAUAGCUAAAACACAGGUAUAGAGACAUGCUCAGCAAAGAACUCCUUGCGUCAUGCCUUUAUAACCAAUUAGCAAACAAGGAUGCUUGUGAAGAUUCAACCUCUUGUAUAUAAGGGGCUCAGUAUUGAAUACGUGUGUGCUUGUCUUGUGAAAUUAUUCCGUUUGCAACUUUUAUUGCUAGCAAUAAAUCUUUUUUAUAGUUUCA